AUGGAAUUUAAUGAAUUAUUAACUUCGACAUUUGAUCAACGUGGGGGUAUUGAUGAUAAUAAAACAAAUAUAGAUGUAGAUUUAAAAUCAACUUCUACCAUUAUUAUUCCGAAUGUCGGCAAUGGUUCUUAUCCGCCUACUAUGACACCAUCACCACCUCCUCCACCAAUUACUGGUGCUAGUACAUCAGAAGAAAUAGAAAUAAAAUCAAAUGUUGUUGUUAAUAUUAGCAACAUUGAAAAUGUCGAAGAAAAUGAUAAUGCAAAUUUUCGACCAAAAACUUUAGAAGAAUCUAUUGUCGAAAAAGUUCAUUCUUCUGCUUCAACAACCCCUAAUGAUUCACCAAAAACCUUAAUGAGCCAACAACAGGAACAACGACUUAUAAUUCCUUAUGUAUCACCUCCGCCAGCUCUUUCACCAGUCUUUUCAACAUUAGUUGGACAACGUCAGCUUGGAGAUCAUUAUUUUUUAUCAUGUGAUGUAGGUGCUACUUUUAUAUGUGAUGGAUAUAUUGAUUUCUAUGUGGAUGAGUUAAACUGGGUGAUCAAAAUCUUAAGAGAAGGGAAAGGUAUGGCUGAACAACAUAGGGGGCUUGAAACUGCAGGAGAAUAUAGAGAGAUUGCUAAGUAUGCAAAGAGUAUAGCUAUUAUUGAUAUUUGCAGUGAGUCAAAAAAGGUUCGAAAACUGCAGAAGGAUUUUAUAUAUGUGUCAUACUCUGAAGAUUAUCAUUCAUUUAAGAUAGAGAGUUUGAGUAAAGAUACAGUGUUUAUCAGGUUUCAAGAUUAG